UGCAAAUCAAGCUUGAGUUAUAGGCCAGCGACCCCAAGGCCCCAAACAUGCUCGCCUCCUCCCUAGACAUGGAAACGGAGCCGUCCAGCGAAGACUACACGGACAUCUGCACCCCGUUCGGUUCCCCGGCCCUGUCGGGUACCACCUCCACCAGCGAGAAGAGCACGUCCCCCGAAAAAACGGGCUAUCCGGACUCGGUUUAUAUGAUGGCAGCGAAUGUGUUUCAUGGUAUCCGAGUGGAGAAGUCCCCGGACAGAACCCUGAUCAAUUACGGGGACCAGCCCCUGCCAGUCGUGUACCAGUCUGAGGAUGAAUGCAUGCAGCGUCAGUCCUACGAGUUGGCUUUCAGUGCCCUGAAGUAUCAAGAUAUUUUGGAAACUAUAUUAAUAGACAGCUGUAUUUUCCCAACUACCAGAAUACCAGACCAGUUGAAUAGUCUUAUUAUUGUGAUGCUGUAUGAUUUCCAAGAAAGAAAGUUUCAACCCCGUCUCCUUUCUGAUAAUGAAGAGGCCAUCGGGGAGGUCCAAGAAAUAGAGCUCUUUCUUAACAGUUUUAAGACAAAGUUGGCGGCAGCAUUGGCAAGAUGUCGAAUCAAACACGAUGCCCUCUCAAUCUACCACAUUCUUCCAGAAACAGUUAGGAACCAGGAGCUAAGGGCCUCCACUUUGCCACUUUAUGCUUGGAUAAAUACUGGCAAAAUCAGCCUUGAAGAAGUUUAUGAGUCUCUGAAGAAGCAGGGCUAUAAUAAAGUCAAAUCUGUACUGCAUAUGGCAGAUAAAGUUUUUGCUGUGGAUCAGCACUGCUAUGAUGUUUUACUUUUUCCAUCUCAUCUUAAAAGCGACCUUCUAAAUAUAGACCUGUUCAAAGAUUACAAAGUUGUAUUUCAGGAUAAAUCUCGAAGUCUUGCGGUCCAUUCUGUAAAGGCUUUAUUAAAUAUGGAUGAUGAUAUUUUAAUGGUCAAUACAGGCUCGUGGUACACAGUUGCCCAUUUGGCAGUCUUAACAAGUAAUAAUACCUCAAAAAUAUUUGUUUGUGGAGUACAAUCACAAGCUAAGGAUCCUGACCUGAAAAGCCUUUUCACAAAAAUGGGAUGUAAAAACAUUGAAAUACUUCGUGAGGCCUUUCUUAAGAUCGAAUCAAAGGAUUUCAGAUUACAGAAGGUGAAAGUGAUCCUGCUGCUUCCUCGAUGUUCUGGGCUGGGCGUCAGUAAUCCAGUAGAAUUCAUUUUAAGUGAGCAUGAAGAUACAGAUUUACUUAAAGAUCUCUCUCAAGGAGGCAUAUCAGAAGAUAAACUUCGUGCUCUCUGCCAGCAGCAGUAUGAGCAGCUAACACAUGCCAUGACGUUUACUAAAGCACAAGCAGUUAUCUACUGCACAUGCUCAGUAUAUCCAGAAGAAAAUGAAGCCAUUGUUAAGAGAGCCUUGGAGUUGCAGGAUGUUGGGAUUAAAGUCCAGCCUUACAGACUUAGUCCUCCUGUACUUCCGCUCUGCUCCCCAAAGGAAAUAAAAUUGUCUACUGAUAAAUUUUUCAGAAUGGAACCAUCUGAAACUACCAAUGGUUGUUUUCUUUCUGUUCUAACAAGGGAGCGCGAUCCAUCAGAGACGGUGUCGGUGAAAGACGUUUUGGCCCGCGCUGCAGCGAAGGGUCUCCUGGAAGGGAUCGAGUUGGGCAAAUCGUCAAAACGGGAGAAGAAGAAGAAAAAAGCCAAAAUGACCUUGCCCAAAGCUCCCAGUGUCGAUAUCAACAUCCAAACCAAAAUCAUUGAGUUCCUGAACCGAGAGAGUGGCGUGAGUUCCAGUCACCCAGACAGAACGACGGCCAAGGCCUUCCCGCAGAAACCCCCCAGCCAGGUGGGCCCUCCCUCCCAGCCCCGGAAGCCCAAGCCGGUGCCUGCUGCAGUCAGGAACCCGCCCGCCUCCAGGGCCUAUGACCGGCAGCAGCCCUUGGUGAGGUCCCGGCCCAUGGAUGGGAUGGUGGCCCUCAAGCCCGUGGAGAUCGUUUUGCCUCCAGUCGUGCUGCCCUUUUCCAGUUCCCCUGCCACCAGACCUCAUUUCUCAGGUCAGUCGUUUUUCUAUCCCUGGGGUAGCUCCAAGAUCGGGUCCAAGACUCCUCUUCCUGGCUACCUUGCCACAUCAACCGGAGGCAGGAAGGGGGAAAAGCCCAAGGAAAACUUACCUGCCUCCCAAUCCCAGAGGCCUCAGCCCUGGCUUUGA